AUGUGCUUCCCGAACCGCAAGACACCCAUCGGCAACGCCAUCGACCUCUACCUUCGGAGGCAGCUGGAGCUGUCGGAUGAGGCCGUGCACCGCCUCUUCAGCGCAAACCGCUGGGAGAUGGCCAAGGCCAUCGUUGAGGACCUUCGUUCGGGAACGACGAUCGUGUGCGACCGCUACGCCUUCUCCGGCGUGGCGUACUCCGCCGCCAAAG